AAAAAAUUGAAAAUCCAAAUAAACAAAUUAAUUUCAUCCAAUCCACCCACAGAUAAAUAUCUAAAACUCCUUGCACCACAGUAACAUAAUUAUUCCAUUAUCCAAUCAAAACUUAAAAACUAUGUGACAUAUCAAAUUAUUACACUACUUGUGUAAAAAAUGGCUCAGCAAAAUAAUACGGCGUUUUUAAGAGAGUGGGCCCCGUUGAGUGACCUUUUUGAUAAACUGCCCGCCAAAACUGGAGGCUUGUUUUCGCAAGAUAUCAAAUUAACGUGUAUCGAUGCCCUAUCAGAGUUUUUGGUUAUCGGUACCAAUGUCGGCACCGUCUAUUGGUACAAUAGGAAGAGGAAGGAUCUGCAAAGGUUGAGAUGUGAGAACUCCAAUUCUCCAAUUACUUUUAUAAAAGCUGUAUCCACUGUGGAUUAUAUGGUAGCAAGUGGAAAUCAGUCUGGGAACAUAUCCAUAUUCCAAAUACCAAAAUCUCACCCUGACUCGUUGCCAGAUGCUUUGAAACCACAACAAAAACAGGUAGAACGCUAUACAGUAACAGACCUGCACAAAUGUCCGAUAACAGCUUUGGAAUGGUCGAAAAACGGUAUGAAAUUAUUUUCGGGCGACAAAACCGGCAUCAUAGUGUUAACCGAGCUGGAUUUUUACAUGCACGUAUGCAAAUCAAUUGAAAUCCUAAACGAAUCCUACGAAGUCGUGCAGCUCAGCUACAGACAGCAACAUUUAAUGGUUUCAACUACGUUUAGGAGUAUCAUUUGUCAGCAUUUGGAUAAAUGGAAAGUGUGCCAAGUGGGCAAAAAGGAUCGGAAGGUUUUGGGCAAAUUCGGCGGACUCAUUUAUCAGCGGGGAUUCAAACCUAAUGAUGUGGUUCUUUAUUGUAUGAGACCGGGACUGAGAAUAUGGAUUGCCGAUGUUGAAGGCGAAGUUCAAAAAACACUUUUGUUUAAGGAUUUACUGUGUAAAGAUUGUGCUCAAAUCCCGAUAUUAAACCCCUUAUCGAAAACGUUGCAGCAAUUGAAGCCCCAAAAAGAAGCCAGUUUCGGGGUGGUUCAGCAAUUUUGUGAUAAUCUACUGAUAACUUACAGUAACGAUGUAGUUUACAUUUUGGAUCCCGCUAACAUGAGUAUAUUGGCCACUGUUAAUAAUUUAAGAAGUAUUUUAGGUAUUGCAACUUACAAGGAUGAGUUGUUUAUUUUGGAAGAGGAAAGAAGUCUUUUGAGGAUUUCGUAUCAUCCUGAAGACUCGAUUUUAGGCGAAAUGGUGGACGUUAAUCUCGACUCUAUUGUCAUUUCCAAUGCUGAAGAGGCCCAAGAAAUUGUCAAAGACGAACCAAAAACGUUCGACGAGAUCAGCAAACAAGAAUUCGACGAUAGCAUUUUGUUUAAAAAUACAAGAAAAUUGAAAAAGAAAAUCUAUAGUAAUUCGAAAGCUUUCAGCAGAGAAACCAAUAACGAAGUUGAUCUAAGUUAUACAAGGCCUACUUUGAUGAAUCUCAGUGCAGUAGGUGUCCUGCCAGAUCUGCGCAGUCCCGAAUCCAUAGUCAAUGACAUUGAAAACAAAGAAAAAAUCCUGUCGGACGUUUUGAAUUUGGAAAAGCUGACGAUUCGACCUCCACAGGAUGAGCAAUUAGAAGUCAAAGAUUCGAUUAAAAGUGAUAUUUUGUUGUGUCCUGUUCCGGAAAUUGAAUCUCGAAUAAUUGGAAGUGGCAAGGAAUGGGUACCAAAAACAAUUACACAAAUUGUCACUGUACCAAACGACUGGAACAUCGCCAGUCUUCAAACUUCAAGCGAAAGCGACUCGGACAGAAAAAGUCAUGCCAGUUCCAGCAGCAUUCCUAUCACAAGAAAAAAUAGACACAGUUCAUCUGCAAAUGAUUCUUCGCUAAGUGAUUGGGAAAUAGUUUGAAUAUUAUUAUAAAAGGCUGCUUUGUUAUGUGUUAUUUUUAAUUGUUAUAUUAUUUUUUAUUCAACAUAUUAUUUAUCAUUAAUAAAGUUAAAAGAUCUGUAACUAUUUACAAAAAUAUUAUGUGGACUUAAUUAUUGUAACGCCACUA